AAUCCGGCGGCAAUAAUCCUCGUGGACAUGAGUCGCGUCCAGGACGAUGAGGUUGGCGAUGGUACGACUUCCGUGACGGUGUUGGCUUCAGAGUUGCUGCGCAAGGCGGAAGAGCUGACCGAGCAAAAGUUGCACCCGCAGACAAUCAUCGCCGGAUGAAGAGCGGCCACGCAGGCGGCACGUUCGGUGCUGAUUGCCGCGGGUCAGGACAACUUAAAGGAUGCGGAAAAGUUCCGGGAGGCUCAGCUCGAAGAUUCUGUUCCAGCACAAGAAGUACUUUGCCAAGCUGUUCGACGAUGCCGUGAUGCAGUUGAAGUGAUCCGGAGAAUUGACCGCGAUUCAGUGCAUAAAGAAGAUCGGCGGUUGAUUGAAGGAUUCGUUCCUGGACGAGGGUUUCCUGCUGGACAAAAAGCACUAGCCGAAGCGCAUGGGAACGCAAAGAUCUUGAUCCCAGCACGCCGAUGGACACGGACAAAAUCAAGGUGCUUGGAUCGAACAUCAAGGUGGACUUGGGUGAAGUUGGUCAUUCCCGUCGAAAGCGUUAAUUUUUAUUUGUAUUUUUAGGCAACAUUUUUGGCUAUUUAUUGGCAGCAAACUUGGACGUUAUUUGUUGUUGUUGAACACUGCUCAACACAGAACACCAGAGAGAUGCCCGCUUCAGCAGACUGCUUAGGCCGCCAAAGCGCCGGCUGACAAGAGGGCCCGGAAGGAAAAAACUGCUAGUGGUUCCGGAACCUAAGCUAAAAAAAAGCCCGUGCGGGAAGUCUGUUAAAGUGCCACGAAGUACACUAAGAAGUAUGCCCACAUGGAGCGUAGAGUGAUGGAAAAGGCAUGCGAGGCCAAGAAGGCCGAAAACAUCUACAUUCCGAACGAGCCGAAGGUUGUCUUCGUCAUGCGUGUUCGUAGGUCGAUCGGCAGGUUUCUUUAUCAAGUGCUGCUGCUGUUUCAUCUGAACCAAAUUAGCAACCCCAACCUGUACAAGGAUACCAACAACAUGCUGCGCAUUGCCGACCCGUACAUCACUCACGGCUACCCCUUGCUCAAGUAGAUCCGCAGCCUGGUCUUCAAACGCGGCUGCGUCAAGCUGCAUCCCGACCAAGGACAACUUUGAAACAUCCUCCAGCUCGCAGAACGUCCAUGCGACGCUAGACGUUUUCAACCAGCUGGGCAAUCUCUUUUUAAAGAUCAACAGCGAAGUGCUGGAUGUGGUACUGGCUGUGUUCAACAAGGGUGGACACUCCAGACUGGACGUUCCCGAGUCCCGAGACCACGUUUGAACCCAUCGAAGAGACCAUCAAACUGAUGCGCAAGAAGGU